AGAAAGAAAGAAAGAAAAUACGCUUUUUCAUAGUGUUAUCCUGAGAAUGAUUUUUGAGAUGCUAGACAUGAAAGUGUUUUGUAAAUUAUACAGCUGAACAAUCGAGAAGGUGUUACUAUUAUGAAAACUAUAUGGGUCUAUGUUGUGAAGUUAGUCCCUUUUAAAAUCGUAGUGGCUGCUGAACUUAGGUUUGAACUGAUGCCAAAAGGUUACCUCAUUUGGAAAAUUGUUAGAUUUUCUAAAUGCUCUGAUUGCUUAUUAUUAGGACAUUUGAAUAUUGUUAUAGGAUUGUAUUUAUGAAAAUUGUUAUUGCUAAUUGGUCCUGGAACCUGAAAAAGGAAAUCUCAUGAUCAUACUUUAAGUGUUUUUAUUUGGCAUGGAAAGUUUGAAUUUUUUUUGAGCAAGUAUAAAUCAAAUAAAUUAUUGGCUAUUCAAUAGAGUUGAGAGGAAGUAAUUAUAAAAGGGCUUUUUUGCUAAGGAGUCAUUAUUGUCAGGAAUUUGAAAUGAAAUGAUGAGUUAUUUAGGUUAGAGGAAGAAGCUGUCUUUCAGAGAGAGAGAAACUGGAGAGAAAAGGGUUCUUUGUAAAAGUUCCCAGGGCUGUCUGCUAAGGGUUUGUUGGACAGAAAAAGGAGAUAAACCUCAAAUGAGUUCAUGGCAUUGGUUUGACUUAAACCUAGAACUCUAUGAAUAGACUCCUAAGUAACUGUGAAUUAACGCUGUUAGAAUAAAACCAUGUUGUUUAUCUUCUAAUCCUGUUUCCUUGUCUUUUAUGAAAUUAUUUGACAGUAAUAUCUGAUGGUAUGUUUUAUCUGCUAAUAAAGUUCUUUCCUCUUUUGAGAGUUGCUAACAGAAUCUUUGUGUAGUCAUGAACUAGUGUAAGUUAAAAUGUUUACAUUAAGAUAAUUUUGACAUACUUUUAGCUUUGUAUGUCACUUCAAUCACUAAAAUGACUACCUAAUAAAGUUACAACAGUACUCCUACAAAGACCAGUGAAAUGGAAUUGUCUGUGGGUUUGGUUCUAAUAAUGUCAUUACUGACAGAAUAGAUACAUUCUUUUUCUUUUUUUAUGCAACAAGUUUAUCUUAUUUCUGAUGAUGUUUACAUAGUUGAGAAGAAUGCAUGCCCAUGUGGAAAACCAACUAGGGUGGUAAGGGUUGAGGAACUGAGGAAGUGGAUGAGACGACCGUUUCCAACCUUUCUUUCCUUCUUCCUGUAUUUGGCAGAAGUGGGAAGAGAAAAGGAGCGGGCUGCUCCCAGCAGCCUAACCGCCUCAGUACCCGAAGGUGAAGCGAAAAAUUUAUUGCCAUAUCUUGGACCCAACAAAAUGAGAGAUUGUUUCUGUACUAUAAAUUUGGACCAGGAAGAAGUUUAUCGUACCCAAGUUGUUGAGAAAUCUUUAAGCCCAUUUUUCAGUGAAGAAUUUUACUUUGAGAUUCCAAGAACUUUCCAGUAUUUGUCAUUCUACGUUUAUGAUAAAAAUGUUUUACAAAGAGAUCUUCGUAUAGGAAAGGUAGCCAUCAAAAAAGAAGACUUGUGUAACCACAGUGGUAAAGAAACUUGGUUUUCACUGCAGCCUGUUGACUCUAAUUCAGAGGUUCAGGGUAAAGUUCACCUCGAAUUAAAACUGAAUGAACUGAUUACAGAAAAUGGAACUGUGUGCCAGCAGCUUGUUGUACACAUCAAGGCAUGCCAUGGAUUGCCUCUCAUAAAUGGACAAAGCUGUGAUCCUUAUGCAACAGUUUCUCUGGUGGGCCCUUCUAGGAAUGAUCAAAAGAAGACAAAAGUAAAGAAGAAAACAAGCAAUCCACAGUUUAACGAAAUCUUUUACUUUGAGGUAACCAGAUCCAGUAGUUACACCAGGAAGUCCCAGUUCCAGGUAGAAGAGGAGGACAUUGAAAAACUAGAAAUCAGGAUUGACUUGUGGAACAAUGGAAACUUGGUCCAAGAUAUUUUCUUAGGUGAGAUUAAGGUUCCUGUGAAUGUAUUAAGAAAUGAUUCGUCUCAUCAAGCCUGGUACUUACUACAACCAAGAGACAAUGGUAACAAGACACCCAAAACUGAUGACCUGGGGUCUCUUCGAUUAAAUAUAUGCUAUACUGAGGACUAUGUGCUUCCUUCAGAGUACUACGGUCCUUUGAAAACUUUGCUGCUAAAAUCACCAGAUGUCCAGCCAAUAUCUGCCUCAGCUGCUUACAUUUUGGGUGAAAUAUGUAGAGACAAAAAUGAUGCUGUUUUGCCGCUUGUCCGACUGCUGCUUCACCAUGAUAAACUUGUUCCUUUUGCCACUGCAGUGGCUGAAUUAGAUCUAAAGGAUACACAAGAUGCAAAUACAAUUUUUAGAGGAAAUUCUUUGGCCACCCGGUGUUUGGAUGAAAUGAUGAAAAUAGUGGGAGGUCACUACCUAAAAGUAACAUUAAAACCUAUUCUAGAUGAGAUAUGUGAGUCCUCAAAAUCUUGUGAGAUCGAUCCUAUUAAAUUAAAAGAAGGAGAUAAUGUAGAAAGUAAUAAGGAGAAUCUGCGCUACUAUGUAGACAAAUUAUUCAAUACAAUAGUGAAAUCAAGUAUGAGCUGCCCCACUGUAAUGUGUGACAUUUUUUAUUCUCUAAGGCAAAUGGCUACUCAGAAAUUUCCAAAUGAUCCUCAUGUUCAGUAUUCUGCAGUGAGCAGCUUUGUAUUCCUUCGUUUCUUUGCUGUAGCCGUAGUAUCACCUCAUUCUUUUCAUUUGCGACCUCAUCACCCAGAUGCACAAACAAUUAGGACAUUAACUCUUAUCUCAAAAACCAUUCAAACUUUGGGAAGCUGGGGGAGUCUAUCCAAAAGCAAGUCAAGUUUCAAAGAGACAUUCAUGUGUGAAUUUUUCAAAAUGUUUCAAGAAGAAGGGUACAUCAUAGCAGUUAAAAAGUUCUUGGAUGAAAUUUCAUCUACUGAAACUAAAGAAUCAAGUGGUACAAGUGAACCUGUGCACCUGAAAGAAGGUGAGAUGUAUAAAAGAGCUCAGGGAAGAACUCGGAUUGGAAAAAAGAAUUUCAAGAAACGGUGGUUUUGCUUGACCAGCAGAGAGCUCACCUACCACAAACAGCCAGGUAGCAAAGAUGCUAUUUACACAAUUCCAGUAAAAAACAUUCUUGCUGUGGAAAAAUUGGAAGAGAGUUCUUUUAACAAGAAAAACAUGUUCCAAGUAAUACAUACGGAGAAGCCACUGUACGUCCAGGCGAAUAAUUGUGUAGAAGCUAAUGAAUGGAUAGAUGUCCUCUGCAGGGUGAGCCGGUGCAAUCAGAACAGGCUCAGUUCUUUUCAUCCUUCUGCUUUUCUAAAUGGAAACUGGUUGUGCUGCCAAGAAACCAGUGAAAACACUCCUGGCUGCAAGCCAUGUACUGCAGGUAUCCCUGCAGACAUCCAAAUAGAUAUUGAUGAAGACAGAGAAAUAGAAAGAAUUUAUUCACUCUUUACUCUCAGUUUACUGAAGCUGCAGAAGAUGGAAGAGGCCUGCGGAACAAUAGCAGUCUACCAGGGACCACAGAAAGAGCCUGAUGAUUAUUCUAACUUUGUAAUUGAAGAUUCUGUAACAACCUUUAAGACGAUUCAGCAAAUAAAAAGCAUCAUAGAGAAGCUGGAUGAACCUCAUGAAAAGUAUAGAAAGAAAAGAUCAAGUAGUGCAAAGUACGGUAGCAAGGAAAAUCCUAUUGUUGGGAAAACAUCUUAAAGUUUGGCCAAUUGAUUCAGAAGAACUGGAAAAUACUAUUUUUCUUGGAAUUUCUCAUAUUUUGUUCAUAGUAUUUAAGAACAUUGUCACCUGCAUUCAUGUUGUAUUUAAUAUUUAAAUGAAUUUACCUUUGGAGAAACCUGAUAUUGAUGUAUUACUAGAGAAUUUGAAACCCAAGUCCCUUCCUAUCUUCUGUGUCCAAACCCCAUGUUUCUGCAACUUUUCAAUGGAAUGACUCUUUCUAAAGGAGAAUCCUUAAAAAAAGCUUUGUAACAAUGGGAGACCUCUUCCAUAGCAAGAAACCAUCAGCUCUGUACAACUUGUUUUCACUACCAUCAGUGCCUGCUCUGUACUGCCAACAUUGUGUUUUACUAGAAGAUCUCAAAACCAUGCCAAUCCAGAGCUUUCCAUUUAAUUCAUCUAUACUCUCGCUCUUUAAAAAGGGAAAAGAAAAUUCCCUUUGGUUCAUCAGUCAUCACAUCAGGUAACAUUAGCAUCAGCAACAGCAACUGUGGAAAACUGCCAAAGCAUCCUUGAAAGGAGGCAGAUCCUUUAUCUAUUUAAAGAUGCAGACAGAACUCAGAUCGGAAGUGUCAGGGAAUCUGUACCACUGUGUGCAUCUUGUUUACAUUUGGGAUGAGUGAUGGCAGAUGGAUUAAAAAGAGACCACUAAGAUUUUAUAUUUUUUCCCCUGUUGUUUUAAAUAUCAGGUACUCAACUUCUUCAUUAGAAAGUUCAGAUUAGUGUGACUUCUAAGGACACAUCUUUUGAUAAAGAGGGGAAAAUGAAUAGUGAAAGACAGUGGUGGAAGAAUCACUUGGCUUCACUGGCUGUUUCAUGUUCCAAUAAGGGCCACCCGAGGCUGCCCUUCUAAUGGCAGGGUGUGAUCUGACUCAAGAACAGUCACUCGGCGCACUUUAAUAAUCUGGACUGCCCCAGAUUAUGCUUCAGAUGCUCCUUGGUAUCUGAUGUUUAUGAUCAGUUGAAUGAUCAGUGUUUGAGUCUAGAAAUAAUGUUAUCCUGAAAAUGUUUAUAUUUCAUUGCUGUUUCCUUAUUGCCUGCUAGCCAAAUGGAUUUGGACAAGACACUGUUUGAAUCCUAUUUUUACCUAAUGAUUUAUUUUUGCCCAAAAACCAUGCCUGUAAAUAAGCCGUCGAAGCAAGUUGCCAUCUUAAAGUUAAGAGGGGAUCUAUUUUGCUUCAUCAGUAUUAAAGACCAUGGUACUCUCGUCUUUGUAAAUUGCAAACAUUUUCUGAAUGUGGUACUUUGAAACUUUGAGUAUUUAGAUGUUUCUUUUUAAACUGUGACUUAUUAAUGUAAGUCUAGCUCAUAGUACAUUUUUUGUUUCCCUCAGCAUAAGCUAUAUUUCAAGAUACACUUUGCCAAUUUUAUUGGUAACUGUUUUUAAAUUGCAUUGUUUUUAGGUAAUACACACAAAGUUGUUCCAUUACUGUCAUUUCUCUAAAUGUGAAAAAAGGUCAAUUGGUUCUAUUUAAGAAUCAUUACUAGUCUGCAUUAUGGUAGAUUAUUACUCCUGGCCAGAAGACAAUUUUGGAAGUCCUUUAAAUUUUAUUAACUUUUAGAUCUCAUAAACUAUAUUGCUUUAUACUAUACAGGAGUUUAGCCAUUUGCUGAAUCUUUCACACUUUUGUUCAGAUAGAAUUCUUUAAGAUCCUCUGAAAUGUCUACCUGUAGAUGCUACGUGUACCUGUUCUGACUUUGUAGUGGCUCUUUAGUCCUUUGUGUUUAAGAUGAGAAACAUUUUAACAUUUCUAACAUCACAUCUUCAGUUGUGUUUGUUUUCUAAAGACCACAGCAUAAUCCAAGGAACCCAGCUGUGUGAAGGGGCCAGCUGUCUAGUUUUUCCUCACAUGACACUUCUAGUAACAACCAGUUUCGUUUGAAUUAACCAUCCUAAAAAUAGCAAAAGGUUGUGAGAAAUUCAUUUUUCUUGCAAGUCUUUUGAAUGAAGAGACCCUGGCAGGACCCUCCGGUAACCAAGGUAACCAAGGGCUUUUCUUCCCAGGUCCUCCUUCUGACGCUGCUCCUGAGGACUCUGGUUUACUGCUCCCUGAUGUUGUCCAGCAGUUGACAGUGUACAUGACAGGGCACUGCUCCCUCCAAUCCUGAGAGCCCAAGAAGGAAAAGAUAGAGGGAAACUCCUUGUCGUAAAUGGCAGUUCUGGUUCCAGUUGACCAUUUCCAUAAAUUGAAGUUGUGCUAAUCUGUUGCUGAUCUUGUUUUAGUUUAGUUCCAGUUUUUAAUAUUCAUUUUUUAAAAGAUUAUAGGCAGUAGCAAACGUUUCUAUUACCAGAAUAUAAUUUAUCAAAUUGAACUACUUUAUUUGCCAACAAAAUACUGUUUUAUCGUGUGGUAAUGACUAAAUGUCAAAGCAAAGGUCUUUCUAUUACAUAAAAAGUGACACAAAUCCAUCUCUUACAGGAAAGGCUCAUUCAUGCCACGUCUUGAAAUACAAUGUUUUUUAAAGUGAAAGCACCUUUAAUUUGUUCUAACGGUACAUUCUGUAAAGACAAAAACCCCUAUAGCAUUUUAGGUGUCCUUACAGUAUGUGAAAAGUACAAGACUCAUUCUAGAGUUAUAUACCAAUCUUAAUUGAUAUUAUCUGCUUCCAUUUUAUUAGCUUGAAAAUUAAUAUGUUGCUGGUAAAUAUUGGUUUUUACAUUGUCCAGAUUAAAGAUGUAAGUUAUAAAACCUUAAUGUAGUGAAGUUGUGUAACCAUGUUGUAUUGUUGAGAAUGUGUUUUUAUUUAAAUUUUAUUUUCUUAUCAAGAGUAUUAUAAAAAAAUAAACUUUUGUAACUGUCACAUGAAAAUAACUCAAAUAAAUUACAAGAAGCCUG